UGUAGUGGGGCGUUUCGGACCUCGCCGGUGGCUGCGCUACAGGUGUAGAUGGGGGAUAUACCAUUGUAGAUUAGGAGACAGCAGUUGGCAAUGAAUUAUUGGGUCAACCUACAGGAACAUGGGGUGUCUCAUCCUGCAAAAGGGAUUUUACAGGCAUGCUGGGAACAUGAGCGAAGACAGAACACAAGCUUUAGGAGGGUGGGUGGGUAAUACCCAGGAGAAGGAGAUGGGACUGUAAUGAAGAGAGUUCAGUCUGAGGACAGAGGACAGGACGUACUGGGUCAGCAUUUGUAGGGCAGGAAUGUGGGGUGGCAGUCAGGAAACAUUACAGAGUAUCUGGCUGUAUAUAAGGCAGAGUUAAUGGCCAUACUGUUGGCCUUGCAGUGUGGGUGGAGGAAGUCAAACCAGACAGAGUAGUUAUUUGCUCUGAUUCAUGUGCAGUGUUGAUGAGUCUCCAGUCUUUUAGGUCACGUAGCAGAAAAUACCUGCUUAAUGAGGUUCUACAAACCCAUGGCAGGAUUAGACAGAUGGGUAUACAGAUAAGAUUUACUUGGGUCCCAGCCCAUGUGGGGGUGGAGGAGAACGAGGCAGUUGAUGGACUGGCUAAACAAGCACUUAGUAGUGGGAAUGUUGAUGUUGUAGUUUACUAUGAGCAAGGCAGAGGCAACAAACCUUAUGUGGACAGUGAUGGUGCAGAGAUUUAUUUCAAGUACAGAGGCAAGUCGGGAGGGGAAGACGCACAUUUAUAAUUCUAACAGCUUUUUUGUUGGCAGAGUAUUUAAUUGUCUUAUAAUAUAGUUCAAUUUCUUUUUGCAUGGGAAGAAGAAGAAUUACCAGGCACCAAGCAAGAACCGUGGUCAGAUGAAUUGAAGGCGUGUCUUGUCACGACAGAUGAAUCGGGUUGUUUUGCUUGUUCUUACCAGCUCCAUAGCUUUGUCAAGUUAGCUAACAGCAGCUCACGGCUAUGGACAGCAUGUCCAUUCAACACUUAGGGAAACAGGCAACAUGCCAUGAAAUCCCAUCAAAUUCACAACGCAGAUAGAUACCCUUAUAGCUAAGCUAUAAACUAGAGGUGGUCAGGAUGGGGGAGCGGCCUGUUGUUACCCCCUCGGCUGGGAUCACUCCAGUGCAGCAGAUGCUGGCCUCUGGCACUGGGGCGCUGCUCACAUCAGUGUUCGUCACACCACUGGACGUGGUGAAGAUAAGGCUGCAGGCCCAAAAAACACCAUUCUAUCAAGCUUUAGCUGCUGACUCUGCUUCAUGGAGUGGUGUAAUCCGCCCCUCCAAAUGGAAGUGCCUCCUGUAUUGUAAUGGCCUGAUGGAUCACAUCUAUGUGUGUCAGUAUGGGGCCAGCUGCACCAGCUGGUACAAAACACCAACCCACUUCAGUGGCACCCUGGAUGCUUUUGUGAAGAUCACGCGCAACGAGGGGGUCAGGUCUCUGUGGCGCGGGCUGCCUCCCACGCUGGUGAUGGCGGUGCCUGCCACGGUCAUCUACUUCACCUGCUAUGACCAGCUCAGAGACUUACUGCGCUACGGCAUGGGGUUCCAAGGCAACUACAUCCCCCUGGUGGCAGGGGGUCUCGCUAGACUGGGAGCAGUGAGUGUGAUCAGCCCAUUAGAGCUGGUGCGUACCAAGAUGCAGUCCCAGAAGCUGACCUACAGCGAGCUGAGGGUGUGUAUCCGCUCUAGUGUUGCCCAGGAUGGCUGGCUGUCCCUGUGGAGGGGCUGGGGACCCACCGUCCUACGAGACGUCCCCUUCUCAGCCCUGUACUGGUUCAACUAUGAGCUGGUGAAGGCCCAGCUUUGUGAUCAGUACGAUGUGUCUCAGGCCACCUUCUCCAUCAGCUUCACAGCAGGGGCCAUCUCUGGAGCUGUGGCUGCCAUCAUGACCCUGCCUUUUGACGUGGUGAAGACGCGGAGACAGGUCCAACUGGGAGAGAUGGAGACACUGGGAGUCCCUGUGAAGAAUCCCACAUCCACAUGGCAUAUCAUGAGGGGAAUUUGGGCUGAAUCGGGAUACAGGGGGCUCUUUGCGGGUUUCCUACCCAGGGUGAUCAAAGUGGCCCCAGCCUGUGCUGUCAUGAUCAGCACCUAUGAGUUUGGGAAGAUCUUCUUCCAGAAGAUGAACCUUGACCGGGAGCAACAGGCCUGCUGAGGGGCUGUAUGUGUGGAGAAGCAGGGUUGGCUGCCUUCUUCUGGGGCAGAAUGGGAAGAGACUAUUAGCAGCUGCCAAUGCACGCUCACAUGCACACUGUGCAAGACUGCUCCUGGUUAAGACUUUGCACCUAGAAACCUGAGCUUCAAAUCACACUGGAGGAGUCUGUCUCUCAAUUCAGACAAAGGCAAAGACAUGAGGAAUGGGCUUUUUUUGUCUGUUUUCUAGCCCUUUCUAUUGGCCCACAGGGAGGCUACUCCUACAACUGUGAACACUGUCAUACGUGUAUCCAUGAAUGUGUCCAUUAGUUAAAUUCAGAACUGUGGGGGAACGGCCCUGUGACCUAAGGCUUAUUCAGACUUUAGCAUGCUUUCCUUGCACGCUAAAAGGUGUUCAUCUUUGCUAGUACAGCCCCCUGCUGUUCAUACCUGAGAGAACACUUCUAACAACAACCCUAAAAAACUGCAUGCAAAGUAAUCCAUUCAAUCAAGACCUUCUCUUCAACGACCUUGAUCUUCAAUUUGUGUGUUUAUUAUUUCUUGUGUACCUUACAUGGAUGUAUAGAAUGUUUUAUAUGCUGUGACUGGUUUUACGCGUUUUUUUUAAUUUAUUUUGUUUCAGUCAGAGGGAUACAGAUCAUCUAACAGAAUGCCUAAUUGGAUUCAAAGACAUUUGAAAUGUUUUUUUUUUUCACCUUUAUUUAACCAGGUAGGCUAGUUGAGAACAAGUUGAGAUGGACAGUUGUAAAAUAAAAAAAGGUGUUGCACCAAU